AUGAAGUUCUCCCGCUCCUUCGUCACCCUCGCCGGCCUGGUGUCGGCCCAAUUGGCCGCGGGUCUUCCGCAGGCGUCCUCGUCCAGCGUGGCGCCGACGCCGUCCGCCACCCCUGGCUCCUUCGCGUCGACCUCCGGUCUCCAGUUCACGAUCGACGGCAAGACCGGCUACUUCGCCGGGUCGAACUCGUACUGGAUCGGGUUCCUGACCAACGACGACGACGUGGACCUGGUGUUCUCGCACAUGAAAGAGUCCGGGCUGAAGAUCCUGCGCGUCUGGGGCUUCAACGACGUGAACGAAGAGCCGCAGGACGGCACGGUCUGGUACCAGAAGCACGCGGACGGGAAAUCGACGAUCAACACGGGCGCGGACGGCCUGCAGCGUCUGGACGUCGUGGUGUCGUCGGCCGAGAAGCACGGCAUCAAGCUGAUCAUCAACUUCGUCAACUUCUGGGACGACUACGGCGGCAUCAGCGCCUAUCUGAAGGCGUAUGGCGGCGGCGAUGACAAGGCCAACUUCUACGCCAGCGACGAGAUGCAGGCUGCGUACCGCACGUACGUCGAGGCCGUGGUGUCGCGGUACUCCGACUCGGAGGCUGUCUUUGCCUGGGAGCUGGCGAACGAGCCGCGCUGCAAGGGCUGCAAUACCACGGUGCUGUAUGACUGGAUCGAGAGCACUAGCAAGUUCAUCAAGUCGUUGGAUUCGGAGCACAUGGUCUGCAUUGGAGAUGCAGAGGGUUUCGGUCUGGAUGUCCAGUCGGACGGCAGCUACCCCUACCAGUACUCGGAGGGCUCGGACUUUGCGAAGAACCUGGCCAUUGAGACCAUCGACUUCGGCACCUUCCACCUGUACCCGGAUAGCUGGGGCGUGUCCAACCCGUGGGGCAACGGCUGGGUCAGCUCGCACGGCGCAGCCUGCAAGGCGGCCGGAAAGCCGUGUCUGUUCGAGGAAUACGGAGUGACGUCGAACCACUGCGCGCUGGAGAAGCCGUGGCAGAACACGGCGCUGAACACGACGGCCGUGUCGGGCGAUCUGUACUGGCAGUACGGCGACCAGCUGAGCUCGGGACCGUCGCCGGACGACGGAAACACCUUUUACUACGGCACGGACGAGUUCAAGUGCCUGGUGACGGACCAUAUCGAGGCCAUCGGGCGGCUUUAA